UUGCGAUCAGCCAUAACAGCUGCAUAAAAACCACGAAAUAAAGCAACUCUCAUGCAGUCAUCGAACUUUGCGAGUACUUUACUAAGGCUGCGGAAGAAGGCCUUUCAGAGUUGAGUUUUUCGACAGCCAGUAUAAAAAAGAACUCAAACUUGGUGCUCAUAAAGGCUCAUCAAGAAAGCUUGCAAAAGCAAAACAAAACAAAAAAAGAGUUGGCUAACGCUGUGGCGGUGACGUUUUCCCGAUGGGAGGUAUAAAGAUUGUGUUUAUUGUUGCUGCUAUUGUACUGGUUCAAGGAUGGAGUACUGUUGCCCUCAAAGUGAAACCUUUGUGUGAAAGGAUCGAUAUCAAAACAUGCAGUCAAGUGGGCUAUACCUACACGAUGUUACCUAACAGUUUUGGCCAUACAGACCAGAACCAGGUAGCAAAAGUCAUCAGGCGCUGGGGCAAAGUACUUAGGAAACACUGCUCACCACUUCUCGAGAAGUUUCUUUGCAGGGUGUACGCACCUCCCUGUAUCUAUGAUCAGUCACAGAUUCCUUGCAGGUCAUUGUGUCACAAAAUAAGAAAAGAUUGCCGCCGUGUGAUGAAGAAAUUAAAAAUGAAAUGGCCUUCCUCUCUUCGCUGCAGUAAACUUCCCAGGAAAAGAUGUUUUGAAGGAUUUAAGGCUAGCCGUUCUCCCAAACCGGCACAUCUGCCUCAACGACUUCCAGCAGUUCGGAAAGUCAAACAAAAACAAAUUGAAGGCAUAUCUAAAAAAGGGAUUUGUCAGGAAGUAGAAAUACCAAUGUGCAAGGAAAUCGGGUACAACUAUACUACCUUCCCAAACAUGUUUGGUCACCGAACCCAAGAAGAAGCUGCCUUAGAAGUUCACGAACUCUAUCCAGUAGUCAAAAUAGGUUGUUCAAGUUCCUUAAACCUGUUUUUAUGUUCCAUCUACGCACCGGUGUGCACGGAAAUCGGCAAUCUGCCACCUUGUCGCUCGCUGUGUGAAAGAUCGAAGCAGGGGUGUGAACCCUUGUUGAAUAGAUUUGGUUUUGUGUGGCCAGCAAAAUUUAACUGCUCAAGAUUUCCGGAGGAAGGCAGUGGUGAGACGUGUAUCUCAAAACCUUCUGAUAAUCAGACAGAACUUACGAAUGUAACAACUACUGAACUACCAAUUCCAACAAGACAGACACCAUCAAUAAUAACCAAGACUUUUCCUCGGGCAGAAACUUCUUCAGGAAGCCAUUGUCAGAACCUUACUAUACCAAUGUGUUCUGCAUUAGGCUACAGCUACACAUUAUUUCCAAAUAUCUUGAAACAUCGYACUCAGGACGAAGCCAUGCUAGAACUGAAUCAGUUUAUCCCUCUUGUCAAGAUCCAGUGUUCCAGUUCCUUGGAAAGGUUCCUAUGUUCAAUGUAUGCACCAAUAUGCACCRAGAUGAACGUAAUAUCACCCUGUCGAUCGUUAUGUCUUCGAUCAUUUCGCGGCUGUCAGCCAGUGUUAAAGAAAUUUGGCUUUCAGUGGCCAGAACAUUUUAACUGCACACGUUUCCCUGAAAGAGGAAGYGGACAAGUAUGUAUUUCCUGAUCAURUGAUAGCCGAUUUGUCAAGUGCAGUUCUCGGCSCGKUSGCACGAARGGUGGAUAGCGCUAUCCGAGSGAUAAAUSUUAUCCAAUGGCUAAGUGUUUUGGAUAACAGCAUUACUUUUUGAUUCCCUGAAUACGGAUUUAUUCGCCGUAUAGCGCUAUCUACCAUUCGUACAACCGGGCCCUGUUCAACUAGAUUAAGAGUAUGGAACUCGCGUAUGAAAUUGUCGGGCCGAACGACUUUUU